AUGGCAUCACCAAUAAACUCUCCUUCACUCGAACCAACACCAACACCAGCACCAACACUCUUUGAAAGCGAUCUUAUUGGAGAGCUUCCUACCGAACAGAUUGAUUCUGACGACAAUGAUGAGAUUCUUGCCGAAAUCCCAGUCUAUUUAAACAACAAACUCUCAAAGUAUCUUCAUUUGUUUCAAUACCCACUACGCAAUGCUCCAUUUACCAGCAGAACCGGGCCAUUGUCUAUUCGCAUGAAGCCUAAUUCAAAAAAGGUUGAAUUGGAUCUGCCUUUGGACACAAGAUCAGCUUUUUACAAUACUGAUCGGGGUGAGGAUUUUGCAAUGGGUAUGAAUGACAAGACGAUCAAGACAGCAUAUGAUCGACGCAUGGAAGAACAUGGAGAGCAAUCUUCCGGAAACAUGUACAACAAAAACAAACAAAAAGAAGACGAGCUGUUGGAUAAAAUGACAUUGACAUCCACAGACAUUCCUAGUCAGACCAAGUAUUUGAUAGGUGUAUUACGACAAGAUGAAUUGCAUGUUACCCCGCUUCAUUCUAUUGUUCAAUUGAGGCCCGGCUUCAAGUACAUUGACAAGAUCGACGAAAAGUUAAAGGCAGCCAACAAGAGAAUCCAAGAUCAAGAAAAGCUCGAAGAGACUAAGAAACCAGUUGUAGAGAACAACCAGGCUCAGGCAGUUCAGGUUUCUGUCAAAAAUGCAGAGCAGGACGGUCCAGGCCGAAGAAAUUUGUAUUCCAUGUCUGUUCGUAAUGCUGAAGAAGAACAGUGGCAACCAAUGGUGUACUAUGACGAACGGUCUUCACAAGCUGAAAAGGUAUAUGAGAGUCUGUAUGCAACCAAGAAAGAUGAGCUCGAAUGUGCAACUUCAUCCGAAGAUUAUCUAGAGAUGCUUAGUGGAAUCAAGCAUAACUGA